AUGAAUCCCGCGACCAAGUUCAUAAUGUUGCUAGCCCGAUACAAGAAUACUAUGGGGAAAGCUAUCCUACAUACUAACGAAAGGAUGAAUCUUCCGACCAGGUUCAUAGAUCUACUAGCCAAACGCAUGAGUAUCACAGGCAUGAUCGUAUACCGCAAAACUUGGCAAGGAAGAAACCUCUUUCUUUUCCAACAGAACCCUUUUAACCCUUUGGAAAAUUGCGCAAGAGCGCCGAUAGAGGAAAACAUUUGUGCUAUAAGGCAUCCAACAUCCGCUGGCAAUGGUGGCUCAGAGGUGCAGCAGAGGGGCGACUAUGAGUGGGACUUUCUGGCAAAUAUUGAUGCAGUCCUCCGCCUCUACUCUUCCGAAAACCACCACCCUCCACCGUUGCAAAGUCCUUCUCCUCCGACGAGUUCCCCGUUGACGAGACCUUCCUCCAGACCUUCGGCCCCAAUAGCAAGGAAUCCAAGGAUGAAGCUCGAAAGCGCAACUGAAUCGAACGCGGCUGGGCUCCCUGGGAUGAAAUCCCCACUCCCGAAGCCAAAUUCGCGCGUCACAGUCUCAACGAAGGUGAAGAGAGCCGUUGGAGAUGAAAGCUCAGAUAAGAUGAAGAAACCUCCUUUUAACAGAUUCUCAGAAAUUGUGAGUGCUGGAGGUAGUACAGUAUGGGAGAGUCUUGCAGAUGUAGGAAGUGUUGUAGGAGGGGAAGCAUUUGAUGUGGUUUUGGACAACAAUGGCAAGGAUCUUGAUGCUUCGAGGCCGGUGAUAGAUUGGGCCAAGAGUGCAGGUGCCAAGCAAUUCUUGUUCAUCAGUAAUGCCGGAAUCUACAAACCAACGGAUGAACCUCCUCAUGUUGAAGGGGAUGCUGUCAAAGCAGAUGCUGGUCAUGUUGGAGUUGAGAAAUACAUUGAAGAAACUCUUGACAAUUGGGCAGUAUUCAGGCCAGAGUAUAUGUUAGGAUCUGGAAAAUGCAACUAG